AUGGUGAUGGUGGAGUCCGGGGGGCUGACAGCUUCCACUCAGUGGGACCUCCAUGGCUCUCAGAAAGGCCCUUUGAAGGCGAACCUGGCCUCCAUUCAGUCCAACGAUGAGUUCACCUUCCUGAAGAAGCUGAUCAUCCAGAAGGGAGGACGCAGCAGGAGGACCUGGAUCGGAGGCCAUGACGCUGUGCAGGAUAACGUGUGGAUGUGGAGUGACGGCUCACCAUUUACUUUUACCUCCUGGGGUCGCGGGGAACCCAACAACUAUCGAGGCCAAAAAGAGCCCUGCAUGGAGAUCAUGAAUGCAGGAAGUGGUUACGUCAAUGAUGAACCCUGCCAGAGAAGGUCUGCUUUCAUCUGUGCCAAAAAUGCCUAA